AGCCAGGUGAGGCAGCGGGGAGAGGUGGGGCCGGGAUCCACCUCUGCACUGUGCUCUCCGAAGCCGCCCGGGGCGCGCAGGCACCCACUAGGCGCGCCCUGAAUGGGGGGCUUAACUGUUGAAUGAAUGCGGACGGUGUGAAUGGAGGUGGGAAGCAAGCGAGCGAGCAGGGGGCGGCGAGGAGGGAUGAGCGCGUCCCUCCGCCCUCCGGGUCUCGGGGCCGGGAGACAAGGAGCCGAGGCCGGCUGGGGGCUCCCCUCCCCGCGGCGCUCAGCCCGGCGGAGCCCGCUCCGAGCCACAGCCAGAGCUGGAGCCGAGGCUCACGCCCAGCCCAGAGAGCCGAGGCAGCGCAGCCUUGGGAGGGGGCCCAGGGGCCCAGACUCUUCCGCGGGAAGGCAACAUCUCCGGCGCAAGGGCCUGGGACCAGCGGCCGCGAACGCCUGCGUCCCGAAACCAACAGAGCCCGGGAUGUCUGUCGGUAGCAGCAACCCCUGAGUUCAUGGAGCCCUCGGCCACCCCAGGGGCCCAGACGGGGGUCCCUGCUGGCAGCAGGCAGGCGUCCCCCAGGCCUCCAGACUAUGAAGACGAGUUUCUCCGCUACCUGUGGCGUGAUUAUCUGUACCCUAAGCAGUACGAGUGGGUCCUCAUCGCAGCCUAUGUGGCCGUGUUCCUCGUGGCGCUGGUGGGCAACACACUGGUCUGCCUGGCCGUGUGGCGGAACCACCACAUGAGGACGGUCACCAACUACUUCAUCGUCAACCUGUCCCUGGCCGAUGUGCUGGUGACAGCCAUCUGCCUGCCGGCCAGUCUGCUGGUAGACAUCACGGAAUCCUGGCUCUUUGGCCAUGCCCUCUGCAAGGUCAUCCCCUAUCUACAGGCCGUGUCCGUGUCAGUGGUCGUGCUGACUCUCAGCUCCAUCGCCCUGGACCGCUGGUACGCCAUCUGCCACCCGCUGUUGUUCAAGAGCACUGCCCGGCGCGCCCGCGGCUCCAUCCUCGGCAUCUGGGCGGUGUCGCUGGCUGUCAUGGUGCCUCAGGCUGCUGUCAUGGAGUGUAGCAGCGUGCUGCCCGAGCUGGCCAACCGCACCCGCCUCCUGUCUGUCUGUGAUGAGCGCUGGGCAGACGACCUGUACCCCAAGAUCUACCACAGCUGCUUCUUCAUUGUCACCUACCUGGCCCCACUGGGCCUCAUGGCCAUGGCCUAUUUCCAGAUCUUCCGCAAGCUCUGGGGCCGCCAGAUCCCCGGCACCACCUCGGCCCUGGUGCGCAACUGGAAGCGGCCCUCAGACCAGCUGGACGACCAGGGCCAGGGCCUGAGCUCAGAGCCCCAGCCCCGGGCCCGCGCCUUCCUGGCCGAGGUGAAACAGAUGCGAGCCCGGAGGAAGACGGCCAAGAUGCUGAUGGUGGUGCUGCUGGUCUUCGCCCUCUGCUACCUGCCCAUCAGUGUCCUCAACGUCCUCAAGAGGGUCUUCGGGAUGUUCCGCCAAGCCAGCGACCGAGAGGCUAUCUACGCCUGCUUCACCUUCUCCCACUGGCUGGUGUACGCCAACAGCGCCGCCAACCCCAUCAUCUACAACUUCCUCAGCGGCAAAUUCCGGGAGCAGUUUAAAGCCGCCUUCUCCUGCUGCCUGCCCGGCCUGGGUCCUCGCUCCUCUGCCAGCCACAAGUCCUUGUCCCUGCAGAGCCGGUGCUCCGUGUCCAAGGUGUCCGAGCACGUGGUGCUCACCAGCGUCACCACGGUGCUGCCCUGAGCCGGGAUCCGCCCUUUCCCCUCAUGGACAUUGCUGGAUGCAGUGAGAGGCCAGGGCUCCAGUCCUGGUUUCCUGCCUGUGUGCCUCUGGGCAAGUCCCUUCCCCUCUCUGAGCCUGUGUCCCCUACACAGGGCUGACUUGAGGAUGAAGCAAGCUCAACAAAGUGAAACCCCUCUGUAAACUGUAAAGUGCUGUGGACAUUAUUGUACUUCUCACGCUUGGCCACACCCCCAGAGUAUCACUCACACCCCCCCCCCCAUUCUGCCCCACCCCCUAAAAACUCCUAGCCAAUUACAGCCUUCCCUGGACUCUGCCCCCUACAGCCCAGGGCUGCACUUGGCCUACUUGGGCUGAACAAGGUGGUGCGCCAGUGGGAAUUACCUGUGCCCAGCCCCCUCCCAGAACAGCCCCACCCUCACCAGGUACCCAGCACAGGCACCAGAGUGGGCCUUGUUGGCUUUGUGGCGUGAUAGAACUCUCCAAGUGGCCGUUUGGCAGAGGACAGCAGCCCGAAGCAAGUGUAAUUAAAAGUCUGGCACUGAA